UUUUGUGAUCUCAAUACAUUAUCAUUUAUCACAUUGUUGAUUGUUCUCAAAUGUAUUAAUUUAUCAUUAAAACAAUAUUAUUAUGAAUUAAUCAUCAUGAUAUAACAAUGGAUUAUAUUAUGGAAAUCAUGAAUAUCUAUUGAAUGUAUUACGGAAUCAGGAUUACGAUCUGCAUUACAUUCUACAGCUUACAACUGAGUUAAAAGUAUAAAUUACAUUUUUUCACGAAUAUGUAUUAACAUUAUUAAGUCAUAACAAAUAAGUACCUAUUAACCUAGUAUUAGUACCUAGUAACUAAAUUAAUAUUGAAUUAUAUUCUUUGAAAAGAUGUCUCAAAACGAAAUUGGUAACUAUGUAAGGACAGCUGAAGAUGUAAAAAAAGUCAUAGAGCACGCAAAACUUUCUGAAAACGAUCUUAAACCAAAUGUACAACCUAUUUAUUUUGGAGAGAAGUUUGAAAACUACAAAUUGUUGCAGUUGGAUGAACACAUACUGGCAGAUCUUAAAUGUGGUCAAACUGUGGUAUUCAAAGGAGAUCAUAAAGAAUCUGCUGUAUUGUGUACUAAGACUAAGACCUAUGAUGUUAAAGAAGCUGAAACAUCAAAUUCAAUUUUAUUACUUCCUGAAUUAACAUUUCCAGAUGAAGAGUUCAACAACAUGGAACUUACUAGCAGAAAAGUAGUUGGUAUAUUCCAUACAUACUUAGAAGUGAAACCUUGUAAACCACGUCUUACGAAAUUGAGACAUUUACUAAAAAAUUGUAGUUACAAAGGAUCAGAACUUGAAAAAGAAGUAUUGGCAACCAGUGAAAUGUAUACAUUUGAGCAUUUAUCGGCCAAAAUACAAGCCAGUGAUAAUGAACUAAAAGAUGCUCUUAAAGAAAUGGGUGCAUUCCAAAUUGAUGGUAAUUGGAGAGUACUAGAUUUUGAAUAUGAAUGUAGAGCUUUAUCAUUUUUAUUAAAUUUGAUUGAUGAACAGUCAUGGCCUUAUAAUACUAUACCUAUGGAUGAAACUCUCAAUAUUCUUGGUGAAUUAUUGCCUCCGGUAAUACUACAACAUAUUAUUGAUCAAUAUAGUACUUGGUGUGUAUCAUCAAAUUUAAGCCAAACACACAGAUCACUAAUUGAAGACAAAGUGUGUAGAUUUAUGGCUGUCGGACUUUUACGUCCAUGUGACAAAUUUAAUUUAACUGAUUUUAAGACAGCCUGGCAAGGAAGUGUUCCAGAAGGAAUGAUUACAAAUUUAAAACAAUUGGACGGUACAGUUCUUGUUGAUCAAUCCAGUCAUCCACAGACAAUUUGUUAUUUCAAUGAACAAGACUUGCCAGACGAUAUAUUGGAAAGAAUUGUUCACUUAUUUCAAGUCAGAAAUAAAUGGACAUUCAAUGAAAUACAACCAUUUCUUGAGAAAUUGUCUACUGAUAAAUUGAAUGUAAAUACCCUGUUAGCUAAGUAUACCAGAGCUACUACUGAUGCGGACGGAGUGCGGUUUUAUUGUUCAAGAUAUAGUUCAAUAAUGUGAUCAGGAACAAUGUGUUGUUUAUAUUUAAUAUUUAAAUAGUUGACGUUUGUGUCUUCGACAAACAGAUUUGCAACAAGGAUCUGAGCACGAAGACCACUUUGGACAUUUUUUACGGUCACAUCUCACUUUUCCAUCCUGAAAAAAAAUUAUCAUUAAAUACUGAAGUGAAACAUAGUUUUAUUCAAAACUGAAAUACAGGGACAGUAUUAAUUUAAUUUAGGUAAACACAUUACAGUUAAAUAGAAUACAAUUAUGUUGAUUAAUGUGUUUAUAAUGAUUUGUUAUACUAAAAUAAUCUGUAUAAUUUAUAAACAUAUAAAUAUAGUAUAGUAAUAAGUAAUUUAAUAUAGCAAUUUGUUAUAUAAACAAACAAUAAUAUUAUAAUAUAGUUAUUGGCAAUCUAAAAUAUGUAAUCUGAACAAUCAUUUUUGAGAUUUUGUAAUAAAUAUACUAUUUUAGAUUUUUAAAUGCAUAAUAACAUUAAGUAAUACAAUUUUUUAACACAUACUUUGCAUUUACAAUUGAUGCACUUGACUUCACCGUGUGAGUAUAUCUUAGGAUGCCAUUCUUGACCAUUCUCAUAUGGUCCUCCAACAGGAUAACUGCAACCACCAUUAGUUAGUAUUUCUAAAUCUGAACCACUCUCUCCAUUGACUUGUUG